GCCUGCCUAGCUGGAACUUCUGAAGGAAAAUGUUUUAUUUCUACAAUUUCCAAAAGAUAACCAAACAAACAUUUACUUUUUACGUAGUAGUACAAUAUCUAACUUAUUUGCAUUCGUUUUUACUUACACUUCUAUGUUGACUUCUCCAAUGAUGUUGUUUAAGUUUUCGCGGACUUUUCUUAGCGGAUGUACAAUCGUCGCAAAUUGAAUUAUGGGGAGUUUCAGGCCCGGGAGUGAACAUAAUAGUACACUCGCAAAGCCAACUAAAAACGAAGGCCGAGGGGCUUAAGUUGCAAACUUCCCUUGCUUGGCUAAUCAUUUGGACCACCCACCAAGAUGGCGACAGGGAUUCCCCCAAGGGCAUAAAGAGAGGCUCCUAGCGGGCAAGGGCCUCACACCUACUUUUACCGAAUUCCAUUCUAUUCUGUCUGUCUCCAGCCGCCAUGGAGAGCGGUGGCAGGGGAAACACGUGCGACUACAGCCACAACGUCACCUUCUUCUACGAUUACGUAGGUAAGGAGAUCAGCAGAGACUGGCGUGUCAGGGACUGUGUGGUAGUGGUCCUGGGCCUGACCAUCUGCCUCAUUAUGAUCCUGUCCAACAUAAUGGUGAUGGCGGCCAUCUUCAUCAACCGACGCUUCCACUUCCCCAUCUACUUCCUGCUAGCCAACAUGGCCGCUGCGGACCUGUUCGCCGGCAUGGCCUACACCAACCUCGUGCUCAACACAGGACCCUGGACCAUCAGGCUGUCCAAGCAGCAAUGGUUCAUUAGGAAUGCUCUGGUGGACAUGAGCCUGACGGCGUCUGUGGCCAACCUGCUGGCUGUGGCGGUGGAGCGUCACCAGACCAUAAUUACCAUGCAGCUGCACAGCAAGAUGACCAACCGGCGUGUGGUGCUGCUGAUCGUGUGCAUCUGGGCAGUKUCUAUCAUCAUGGGGCUGAUCCCUUCCAUGGGGUGGAACUGUGAGUGCCAGCUUAGCGACUGCUCAAUCAUCGCCCCGCUCUACAGCCGCAGGUAUAUGAUCUUCUGGGCGUCUCUCAACCUGCUCACCUUUUCUGUCAUGGUGGCUAUGUACGCACGCAUCUAUGUCUACGUGAGACGUAAGGGUAAACGGAUGUCUCAGCACAGCUCCCACCAUCUGAGGCACAACGAGACUGUCUUUAACCUCAUGAAGACUAUCUCUAUUGUACUGGGUGUGUUUGUCAUCUGUUGGACGCCGGGCCUGAUGACUCUGUUGCUAGAUGGGAUCAUGGGUAAAGACAGCCAUGCCUUGACCUAUGAGAAGUACUGUCUGAUCCUGGCUGAGUGUAACUCCCUGGUUAACCCUAUUAUAUACUCCUUCCGGGACGAGGAGAUGAGAAGGACCUUUAAGUGUAUCCUGUGCUGCCUGUGCAGGAGGAGCUCUGACCACCAGGGGGAGCAGUCCCCUGUGGAGUUCAACACACUGCAACCAGAGGUAGAUAAUGGUUGUGAAGUAAAAUCAGAGGAGAAAGCCAACUUUACUGCCCUCCAGCUGAUAAAGACAGAGUGGUGACAAGCCUCUUCACCCUGACAGCUGGAUUAAAUCAUAUUGACACCAUGGACAUUAAGAUCUACAGCCACUUAUGAAUGUAGGCUCUAUUCAAUCUGUCGCUGAAGCGUUACAAAUUGCGCCAUAGAAAUUUAAAGAUGAUUUCCGAUUAACAUAUGAAGCGUUUACUGUGAAUGCGUCUCUGCUAAUGCGGGAACAUUGCGUUUACAUUUAAAUCGCUGAACUUCCGUGAUACAGAUUGAAUAAAGCCGUUAGUGGGGUUGAAACAGGAGGACAAUGGACGGGACAAUAUGGUUAUUUAUGACGCAAUACUGUCAUGUGUACAUUUUGGGAUGCUUGUUUGUACGUGUACAGUAUGUUUUUGUUUAUCUAGAUGCGUUACACUAAUACUGGGAUAUUCAUAAACAUCCAAACUGUUUAGGGAAAGACUACCUCCAUGUGCCACAGUUCAAUUCUGUGAUACAUUAUAACGAGCCAUGAGAUGCUUUAAAAAUACCAGCAUGGGGAUAUAGGGAAGCCUGGAAUUUAAGCUGAAUAUCACCCUUUCACCAUUUACUAGAAGUGAAACUGCGUGACAUUCGAUCAUGCAUGCAUACAUUUUGCGUACGGGUGGUCCUGUGAAUCGAACCCACAACCCUGGCAUUGCAAGCGCCAUGCUAUACCUACUUAGCUACAGAAGCGGGUUUCAAUUAUGAAAAACGGAGUUUAAAUGUAUUUGGCUAAGGUGUAUGUAAAACACCAUCAAAUGGUGGUGACUAAUCAUUGACUAAUCAUAAAAAUAAAAACCAACCCCAAAUAAUGAAAAGCACAAUUAUUUUAUUCAUUUUUUUCUUCUAAUAAGGAACACUACAACUUGUCAUUCUUUUUACUCGUUCUAGAACAAUUCUAAAGUUGAGGUAUAAAAUGAGUUCGUACAGACUCACAGGUCUUGAAACAGUGGGGUUUUAUAUACAAGAGACAGAGGUAGAGACAAGCGGGGGUAUUUCAAAUACAGGGGGACGAAGAAGAGUGAGCAAUAUACAAAGAUACUAACAAAA